CGUUUUCUUUUCCCUUAUUCUCUCACUCUGGGAAAUUAUGGUUUCGUGUUCUCUCUCACUUAUCUCAUCCACAUCUUCAUUUCAUUCGACUUCAAACCUCGAUUCAUCUCCCAAUUCUACAUCUUUUUGGCCCGUAACACUUAAGCUCUCUAAACCCAAUCCCAGGUUCUCAAAGCCUCUCAAAUACCCAUCGUUGAAGCUUUUGGGUUGCUCAUCGACCGUUGAAGAUGGGUCACCGGAGCAGUUUUUUAACAGCAAUUCGAUAGCGGAUUUCAUGAGAUUCAAGAGAGGGAGUCGAAUCGGUAGCGGCGAGUUGCAAACGGCUAUUGUUGGUUAUCGUAAGAGGUUCCCUUGGUCUAUUCUUUACCCUUUUCUUCGGGUUGAUUUGGUCUCAACGAUUCAUAUAGCGGAUACAGAGUACUUUGAAACCCUUCAGAAGGAGCUUGCACCGUAUGAUUGUGUUCUUUAUGAGAUGGUGGCCAGCAGAGAGAGUUUGGAAAAUAGAAGGAACCCUUCUGCAGCAAAAAGGCUCAAAAGUUCACGGUCACGAGGUUUCAACAUUUUGGGAUGCGUUCAACGGCAGAUGGCUCGGAUACUUAUGCUUGAUUUCCAAUUAGAUUGUCUUGAUUACCAGGCUGAUAAUUGGUACCAUGCAGAUCUCGACUACGAGACCUUCAAGUUACUUCAGCUUGAAAAAGGUGAAAGCUUCUUCACAUUUGCACGUGAUAUGACCCUUAAAUCGACAAAAGCUUUAGUUCAGACUGCUUCAAUCCCAGAGGACCUUGAUCCUUGGAGAUCCAAGCUUCUAUGGGCCUCUCGUGUGCUGCCUAUGCCACUUGUAGGUUUUCUCAUUAUCAGUGGUGUUUGUGCGGAUGUUGGAAGCCAGGCAUCUGAUUAUCCAGAGCUAGAAGCUUUAUCGAGGCUCGACUUUGGUGCUGCCAUGAAAGUUUUCCUUGCAAAACGGCUAACCUCUGAGUUUACACAAGUGACUGCUGCUGUGGAAGAGAGAUCAGUUAUCAUCGGCGAGAGGAACAGGGCUGCUAUAGAAGCAUUGAGACGAGCGCUUGAUGAUGGUAAUAAUAAGAUAGCGAUACUAUAUGGGGGCGGCCACAUGCCAGACUUAGGGAGACGCUUAAAAGAGGAAUUUGACCUGGUUCCUUCCCGUGUACAAUGGGUAACGGCUUGGUCCAUUACGAAACAAGAUUUCCAGAGCAGUUCCCUUCCAUUUUUGAAGACAAUGGCCGAAGUUUCCGGCUGGCCAUUGAACCGUUACCAGACAUUGGCAUUACUCAUCUUUUCUUCGGUACUUGCAUUAGAUCUCUGGUUUUGGGAACUCUUUUGUGGCACUGCAAUUAACUGGAUCUCUGAAAUUGCUUCCGAGAUUGCUCAAUAUGCAGGAUAAAGCACAGGUGAUGUGAGUCCCGAUCAGAUAAAUUGUUUUGAUUGGCAUUUGAUACGAAUAUAUAUCUGUGCCGGUGUAAAUAUGAACAAUUCGGAAUUCGGAUAUGGCUUGUCUUAGGGGGGGAAAAGAUUAUGUAAAAGAAGCAAGUUAACCGACUUGAAUGAAUUUAUUUAUUGAAACUCAUUCAAAUUGGAAGGAUGAACUAAUCGAUUAAUAGUUGUCUUUUA